AUGCCUGUUCAAAAGCUUCAAGUUGGGAUGGCCGGCCUUGGUCGAGUCGGAAAGUUGCAUGCCAUCAACUUCCUUCAAAAGACCCCUCGUGCAGAACUAGUUGCAGCUUUCACUCCAGACCAAGCCGAGAUCGCAUGGGGAAGAGUAAAUUUGGAGCCUCAUGGCGUGACACUAUACACCAAUUACGAUGAAAUGCUUAAGCACCCAGGUCUUCAGGCGGUUGCUAUCGGUACUGCUACUUCUGUUCAUGCAGAAGAGGCCAUCAAGGCUAUCGAGCAAGACCUACAUGUGCUCUGCGAAAAGCCCUUGUCCACCGAUGUCGAAGUGUGCAGAGCAGUGGUCCAGGCUGCUAAGAAGAGGCCUCACUUGAAGGUCAUGUGCGGCUUCUCCAGACGUUUCGAUGAAUCGUACCGUGACGCCCACGCCAAGAUGGAGCAAGGCCUUAUUGGACGUCCAGCUAUUAUCCGCAGUCAGACUUGCGACAAGUUCGAUCCCUCUGGGUUCUACGUCGAGUAUGCUGCCUGGUCCGGUGGAGUCUUUGUCGACAUGUCAGUGCACGAUAUUGAUCUCAGUCUGUGGUUCUUUGGAGACGAGAUUCUUCCCAAGAGCAUCUCUGCCCACGGUAUCACGGCUGUCCAGCCCGAGCUGAAGAAGUACAAUGACUACGAUAAUGCCGUGGGCAUUGUUGAGUUCUGGAAUGGCAAAAUCGCCUACUAUUACUGCUCCCGUAUGAUGGCUGCCGGUCAGGAAGACACCACCGAGAUCAUUGGUACCGAGGGCAAGUUGACUGUGAACGGUAACCCCCAGCGUAACUUUGUGAACUUAUACCACAACGGUGGUAUCACUCGGGAAAUCCCUCAUAACUUCAUGGGUCGCUUCAGCCCUGCCUUUGUUCAGGAGGCCAAUGACUUCACUGCUGCUUGUCUGGACAACACACCUCUGCCCAUGAAACUUAGCAAUGCAGUCAAGGCCGUUGAGAUUGGCUCAUACCUCCAGGAAGCACUUGUGUCAGGAAAGCAGAUCCACUUCGAUGAGAUUGGUCGGCGCAUCGAGAAGGCCCAGCUAUAG